AUGGACUCCUUACUACUGGAUUUGGAAUCUUCUUUAAAACAUUUAUCCACUAUUGAUGAUGCUUACAGGUUAGCAUUAGACAACUUCAGUAUUAUAAAAUCCACUAUAGAGGAAAAAGGUGGUGCUUGUACAGUACCUAUGCUAAUAAGGGUAACGCUUGAUACGCUGGAACGUGUCAUAAAGUAUGAAGGAGAAUCUCUUAAAAUUAUUACAGGUCUAAUAGUGUUGCUAAGGAAAUUAAUUGAAAUAUUGGAUAUAAAUCUAUUAGGAAUCAACUAUGCAUCAGUAUCAAGAUAUAUCAUAUACGAGCUAGUCAGUUUAAUGAAGAAAUUAGUUGAAUCAACGUUUUUGGGAUGUAUGAGACAUUUGAUUAUAUCACUACGACAUAUAUGCUCUAUUGUGAAUGAAAUGAAAUUAAGUACAGAUCUCAUUAUAUCACUAAUUGAUAUAUUUAUGAAUCAAAAUAUUAACGAUAGAAAUAAUGAGAUAGAGAUUUGCAUACUAGAAACUAUAUCACUAACACAAAGCAAUACGACCUUAAUUCUAAAUGUUCAAAAAUAUUUAAUUAACAUACUCCUUAAUAAUGAUAAAAAAUAUAUUGAAUCCACGGGGGAUCUGGUUUCAAUCCACAAAGUUCAAAUGAAGAAAUUAUCAAAACUCUUCCGUCGUUUAAUUCAUAUAUUUGACGAAAAACAGCAAUAUGAAUUUAUUUCAGUUCUAACUUUGUAUACUACAACUUCACAAUAUAAGUUCUUGGCAUGCACUUCUCUAGAGUGUAUUUCAAUAAUUUUAAAAAGAGUACCAGAGGAAGAAAGCUGUAAGAGUACAUAUUUAUUGGCUAUUUUUGCUUUAAAGUCCUUAUUGAACCUACCUUUGCCAUCAACAAUAGAUAUGCUACUAUUAUCAAGAUAUCUUGAAACUUGUGGUAAUUGUUUGACUUGUAUUGUAUCUGAAAUUACCUGUAUUAACAACUUGGAGAUUCAAAUUUGUGAUUUAAUCGAUAAUUUAGCUUACAGAAUGCAACAAUGUAUUAACUCUAUAGAUUCUAGUGUGCACUUAACAAUUGUGAAGUCUGCAGGCACUAUUUUAACUACAGCUCAAAAAGCAGUUUUAAACUUUCUCAAAAAUAGUGCAAACACCCAUGUGAAUCUUGCUUUAUUUCAACAUUUACUGUCACGUUUAGAGCCAUUAUGUAGUACAAUGUUGGAGGAUUAUAAAUGCAAAGUUUCCUGGCCUCCUGCAUUAGUAUUAGCCUCUAAAUUGAUAGAUAAAUGGGAUGAAAUUACUUUAAAUAGUUUGAAGGGCUUUGCAGAUAUUAUAGAUAAGUUAGAAAGUGCUCGUGACGAAGCAACAACACUAUUAUUCCCAAAUUUAAUUUCCCGUGUUUUGAAUAUGGCAUCUGUAGCUUUAGCUGGGAAUGAAACUACCGAAAUGUCUUCUAUAAUAUAUAGUGAUGUUUUUCCAUGUAGAAAUGAGUUGAGGUGUUGUGUCGGAGCCUUUAUUCGUGCAUUUGGACCUUCGAGAAUUUUAAAUUUAAAACCAAUAAACUUCGAUUGCACUCUACUAUCAGAUCCCCUUUUUGGAAUUAAGACAAAUUCAUGGUUACUACCUUUACUUAGAGUUCAUACUACUAGAACUCAUCUGAGCUUCUUUUUAAAUGAAUUUUUACCUAUAGCUCUGAAAUUAGACACAUUAUCUAUUAAAUUAGUUGACUCUGAGCCAACUCACUCAAGGCUAUACAGAAUUCUUGAAGAACAAAUUUGGUCUCUUCUCCCAGGCUAUUUCGAUGAAGUUGUAGAUCUUCCACAAGUACUUUUAGAUGCUAAAUAUACAACUAACUUACGAGUAUAUAUGGUGCAGCUAUUAGACAGAAAUGUAACUCGAGACUAUGUCUGUAAUGCUCUUACUAAGCUCUGUAAACAAACUUUAAUUGGGAAGAAAUUGAAUUCUUCCCAAUUAAAUGAAAUUAAUGAUGCUAAGAAGACGUUAAUGAAUGAUCAAAGAGAGUAUAUAGUUAUUCAAUCUAUAUGGAAGCAAAACAUUCCUGUUCUAUCACAUGAUGUGCAAACUUUCUUGGCUUUGAUGGUUGUGAAGUUCCUUGCACUACACAAAAGUGAUAUAGAAAAUACUCAACCUUCUACAGUAAAGGAACAAGCAGCUCAACAUUAUUUGAACUGUAUCCAAAGUAUGGUACCACUUUGUCCUAAUGAGAUACUAGAGGAUAAUAUUUGCAAUUUCAAUAGAGUUUGGGAAAAAUUAGCAAUCGGAGUUGAUAGUUCUCAACUACCAGUAAGAAGUUCUGAAAUUAUAGCCUUGGUUGAUGUGGCAACUGUAAUGAUUACUAGAUUACCUAUUAAAAUAGUUUUGGAACUUAUCUCUACAUUUGCAAGACUUUUAAAUAUCCUUAUGAACAAGGGUGAAACCAAGAAAUGUAAAUCAAACUGUACUAAUCAACUUCACCGAAAGCUUUACAAAGGGCUACGGGAAGGACUUGAAAUUUUAAUUUUAAGUGAAGAUGAGAUGAUAGUGAAAAGUAUGGACUGGAUAACACAAGUUUGGAAGACUACAUCACAGGAUACUGAAACUUGUCCACCCAAUGCUUUGAAACACCGUUUAGGAUACUUGAGAAAGUUUGUUAAUUUUUUGAAAGUGACAAGUUCUGAGAAAGACUUUAAGCUGCUUUAUAAUUUUGAUAAGACAGAGCUUAUUCAUACACUUAUUCCUGAAAUUUUAUUUUGUAUGUGUGAAUUGAACGUUGGGGUCCGAACGAAUGCAUUAGCUCUGUUAAAGGCAAUAAUUGAGUGCUUUAUAGAUGAUUCGGAUAUGCUUCAAAAUAUCAUUAUAACUAUAAUUUCAGCAUCUGGUGUUAGAUCAUAUAAUUUAGGUAAUCACGGCUACAUGAAGAUCGCUUGCUUAAUUGCAUUAUCUCGAGUUAUUUUUGAUUAUGGAGAUAUUUUUAAAUUAUUUAAAAUAUCUGGUGUAUAUAAUGUACAUGAAAAACCUGAAUCCUGUAUAACAUUAGUUUCAAACGACUUUGAAUCACACCAAUACAAAGUUUCAGAUGAUGCUACCUCUACAUCUAUAGUAUCAAAUAACUCUUGUAGACCUUUUGAAACAAAGACUAGUGCAUUGACUUUCUCUGGAAAUUUGGAAAGUGGUGUUUCUUUAUUAGAAACAAUAAUGGACGUUUGCAUAGUAAAUCUAUGCGACCUAGAUAGUUCUGUUUACCUGCAAGCAUUAAAGUUUGUUAAAGUGUGUAUUCAUGUUUUAGAUCAACAACAACUAAAUAAAUUUGUAGGUAAAUUUGUUCCACUAAUACUAGAUAACAAUCAUAACACUCUCAAGCAUCGUGUUAAUGUGAGAAGGUUACUUUUGAAACUAAUUAAAAAACUAGGAAGUGAAGUUACGCUAGUGGCCUUUCCGUCUAAACAUCAUGCUCUUCAUCGUUAUCUUGUACGACACCUGAGACGUCAAAAAAUUAAGAAAAGACAUAAAACUAAUGAUGGUAGUUUAAGUAAAGACGAAGAGGAUUUUGAGGCUAUUAUGCAGGGACGAAGAACGAAAGAUGAGGAGACAGAUGAUGAACAAGAUUAUAAUACUGAAUAUAGCGAAGGUCAUGAAAGUUCUACAAACAAAAAGAUUACUACCCACGUAGAUAGAAAUGUUCUUGUUCCACCUAGUAUCUCAGGACUUCUGGAGGUAUUUGAAAUGGACGAUGAAAAUUAUAAUAGUUUAGAUAUAAGGAACACUUCCAAGCGAAAAUCUGAAGAUCUAUCGUUAACUAUACUAGAAGAUUCAACAGGUCCUGAUGACUGCCCACUUGAUUUAUUGAGCUCAAAGGCUUCCCAAAAGAUUAUUUUGCAGAGGAAAAGACAGAAUACAUGCAAAUCAGAAGAUUUGGAACAUAUGGAUGAUAGUAUAUCAUUUGACAAUUUUGGGAAGAUUGUGAUCAAAAAGGCGAAUAAAGAGAUUAACAGUUUUAACUUAGAUAUUCCGAGAGACUCAGUACAAUAUAUCGAACCUAACAAGAUAGAAAACACAAAACAAGAUACACAGUGGGUAUCAGCUUUAAAACAGAGACGCCAAGCUAAGUUUGAACAGGCAAAGAAAAGAAAGCAACAUAUAUUAAUUAAGUCAGCUAAGGAUUUUAAAUCUAAAAAGGGAGGUGGUGAUAUAUCAAAGAAUGGGUUACAACCAUUUGCAUAUAUGAGACUAAAUCCAGCUCUAUACAAAGAGGAACAUCGUCUUCAAGCGACAAAAAGCAUUUCUAAUUUAGUUUCCAAAGGAAUCUACAAGAAAGUAACCUCUAGAAGACGAGCCUAUUAG